CUGGUUUGUCCCUGUAAUUGCCAUAACAACAGAAACCAAGAUGGCGUCGGGUCGAGAGAAGUUGGAAGACCUGAACAUGACACAGGAUGAACUCCAGCGGUUUGAGAAAGCUUUCAAGAGCGAGGAGUUCAGGAAACUGUUCGCCGAGUACGCCGAGGAAAUAUCUGAUCCAGAAAACCGGAAAAGAUAUGAGGCAGAGAUCACGGCCAUGGAGAGGGAGCGGGGGACUGACGUCACCUUCAUUAACCCUGAACCUCACUAUGUUAUCAAAACUUCCCUGGACGGGGAGAAGAAAUGCUUUAUCAACAUUUGUGCUAAUGAGCAUAUUGAGAGACCCACCAGCCAGCCCUGUGUGCAGGGGGAGGGGCCCAGCAGGAGGAUGGGUCAGACCUGGUCUGUUCCACACAGCCUGACACCAGGCCGGGAGGACUUGGAUAAGGACAAGCAGCGCUGCAUGGUGUACGAUGUUGUGUUUCAUCAGGAGACGCUACAAAAGGCCGCUGCUGAUAAAAGGUUCAAACAGAUGGUGCAUGACAUUGCCUUCAGUGCUCUAGAGAGGCAGUUCCAGGUAAAACUGGACAAAACAAACAUCAAGAUUCCCAAGAUGAAGUACAAGGGGAACCCUACUGCUACAGUGAUGAGGAAACCGUCAUCUGAUGGACCCCAGGCUACCCCUGACAAUGACGAUGAUCCGAUCAAGUUUCCCUAUCCUUAUAGUCCCUCUUCAGAAAACACAGAAACGGCAAAACAAACACAGAGCCCAUCCAAAUCUAAGGAAGAAAAAGAGCCAGAAAAGAAGCAAGAUUUCACAGUGCCUAAGUACACCAUCAAGCACCGAUCAGAGUUUGAUAUCCAGAACUUCCGAGAAGCACCUGAUGCCGCUCCGUCCACAAGACCUAAGGAACUUGUUGUUGACAUUGACUUUCCUCUGCUGAAGUCAGCAGCUAAGUUGGAGCUGGACAUCUUUGAGAAACAGCUGAGGGUGGAGUCCAAGAAACCUGCGUACAAGCUGGACAUCAGCCUGCCUUAUCCUGUAGAUGAGAACAAAGGAGGCGCAAAGUUUGACAAGAGCAAGAGGCGGUUGACCGUGACAUUGGUGGUGAAGCCAGCCCCAGAGGCUGACCUUCCAUUCACGGCUGGGAGGACAGAAGACAAGCAGCUAGUGGAGGAAGUCACAGAGGUACAGGUGGGAGAGAAAGCAGAGGAGAACCAUAUACAGGAUGGAGAGAACAUCAUACCAACCGGAGUGUCAGAGGUGGAGCCAGACAGCAGGAGUGGAAACCCAGCAGCAGCUCAGACAGAAGAGAUAGGGAGUGGUCCAGCCAGUGAUGUUGGAGUGGAGACUGCAACAGACACUGCCAAUACAUCAGACAAGGACAUUUUCGUGGAAGAGGAUGAGCUUCAAAGCAGCUCCACAAGCCUGGAUCUGCCCCCUGACUCAGCCACACCUGUCAGCACCGCACCUGUUAGAGCCACACCUGCUCCCCCCACCUGUCCUGACUACACCUUCAGACAGGAUGAGGACAGUAUGACAAUUGUCAUCCAUGUCCCUAACAUCAUUGAGAAGAGCAUCAGUAAAACCUACUCAACAUCCAGCUAUAUCAUCAGUGUACAGUUCCAGGCAGCAGGUACCGCUGGGCUGCAGUACUACCAGCUGUUUGUGGUCCUGCUGGACGGUAACACUGUGGUACGGGGUCGGACCUCCAUGGACGUGUCUCCCCACAAUGCCGUGCUGCUUCUGCACAAGGAUGACAGCUGCAAAGGAUUGUGGGCCAGCUUUAAGGCUGGGGUGGACAUCAUGAACUUAGAGGAGAAACAGUUCCUGACAGAAGCUAGUGUGGAGGCAGCUGUCCAGGCAGUGGUCAGUGAAGGUCAGGCUGAGGCUGCUGACACGAUCGGUGUCAAGGUCACAGAGGCAUCGGAGGACAAGCUGGCUAUUGAACUCACGAAGACCACGGGUGUGCAGAAGCAGGAGAUGGGAGAAAAACCCACUCCCACAGGUGUGACGGUAGAUGAGGACAACCUCUCAUCUCAAACAUCAUCUGGGAAGUCUUCUAUUAAGGAGCGUGUCAGUGAAAUGAUUGAGGCAGGAAAGAAGGGAGAGGGGUUGGAUAGUGAUGAUGAUGAUGAUUCGGGCAAUGCUCUGGGAACAGAAGCUGUGCCAGAGAAGUCUGUUUCUGGAAACGGUGUUGAAAGUCCUGCUGAGACGGUACAAGAUGGUGAGAAUGUCUUACUCAAGGACAAUGAUACAGAUGUGCCAACAGGGAAGACAAAAAGGAGGAGAAGGAAAAAGAAAGGGAAAACUCAAGGUCAAAGUCAGGACUCUAAUGCUGGCGGUAAGACUGGACCAGGGACAUCAGGUGAGGAAGGUGGACUCUUGGAGGUAAAGGAGGAAGAGGAAAGAAAGACAGACACAUCAAGCAAACCUGCCAUCUCCAAUCAGUCAACAAAUGUUUCACAGAGUAAGAAAGGAGCAUCUACUCAAGACACAAUUGGUUUUGACAAAACCAUCAUCAACACAGGAAGGGAAAGGAAGAACUCAGGGAAGAAAAGUGUCACUUUUUCGGACAAGGUGGAAAUCCACAAACUUGAUGAAAAGAAUGGAAAAAGCAAAAAGAAGCAAAAGAGUAAGAAAGAUAAUCAGAAUGCUCAGAAGGUAGCAAAUGGUCAUGGAAAGACAGAAGGUGAACCCACCACAGCUGAUUUUGGUGAAGCAAUUGUGUCAGAAGCUGGCACUGUUACGGGUGUGUCCAACACAGAGUCUAUGUCUGUGUCAGAGUCUGAAGACAAACUAGCAGGUCAAGAUGAAGUUGGAGACGGUGAUGUUAAAAAGGAAGGAUCUGACCCUGCUAAGAAGAAACCCAAACCACAAGCUGUGGAUGCAUUAACAAUCAGGGAUGUCAAAACUGGUGAGGAGGAGGUAGUGACUGAACACAGGGCUGAGUGUGCUGUACAGUUCACCAACAAAGUCAUGUUUGAGUUGGAUUAGGUAACAGUGCUUACUUAUAUAGUCUAGUAUGUUGGAUACAUUUUUAUUAGAUUCAACAUAUUUCCUGCAAAGUUAGAAGUAUUAAUUCCAAAUAUUGCAGGGUGUUUGAGAUUGAAGUUGACAAGUGCUAACAAGUUGGGGUCAGCAGUGACUGCAGUCUUGUGAUUGACUGAUAUUUAGCAGUAUAAUUGAAUCUUUUUUAGAUUUUUGUUUAAACAUUUGCAAUUAUUUGGAACAGAUUUAGCUAGUACAGUAAAUUCAUCAGUGUCACUGCUACAGUUUGUCAUGUUGUGUUUGGAGUAUUUUGAUGGAGUAAUUCAAGUUUAAGCAGUGACAAGCAUAUAUAAUCUUAAUGGAAUUGAGAAUUGAUGGAGUACAUAAAAAUGAAUAACUGAGAUUCAGGCCAUUUGCAAGUUUCAUAUGGAACUGCAUAUAGGGAUUGAGACACUUCACUUGAUUCUAAACUUACUGGUAUUAAAGACUUUCUGUUUCUUUUGUGAAGGAU